UCGCACGUCGAAAACCCUAAAAAAACCACCGCCCUUUCUCCACUCCUCCCGACGUUGCCGCCUCCGCCUCCUCCCCCUCCAUCGCCGGCGGCCGCUUCUAGCCGGAGAGAAGAAGGCAUGCCGCGGACGAGCGUGGUCGAGAGCCCCGGCUGCCCGCCGCUCCGGGCCCUCACCACCGACAUCCUCGGCCUCAUCAAAGUCGUGGAGGCCCGCACGAAGCCGGCGGGCGUCGCCAAGGUCGUCGAGACGUGGGGCGCGCCCGACGCGCCCCGCGCCGUCCUCGCCGCCUCGCUCGCCGACCGCGCCGUCGACCCCGUUUUGGCCGUGGCGCGGAAGAACGGCGUGGUUGAGCUGCUGAAUCCACUGAAUGGGGAGACUCUCGCAGGCGUCAACGCUGCUGCUGGGCGGGCGGCACCGGCUGAUAGUUCUGCAGAAGAGGACCCCUUAGCCACGCUGCAUCUCUUCAGAAGACAUGCGCUGGACUCAUCCAUGUUAGGCACAUUUCUUGCUUGUACAGAGAAGGGGAAAGCAUAUGUCAAGUCUGUCGCAAAGGAAAAUGCAUCCUCGGACAUGGCUGUUGGGCCAUCAAGCUCAUGGGAUGUGAGCAAUUCGGGUACAGUGCAAUUUUCUUCAGUGGAUGCUGGUGAAAGCUACGCGAUGUUCGGAGGGAAAGGAAUAGAAGUCAAUUUGUGGGAUAUCACAUCUUGUAGUAAGAUAUGGUCUGCCAAGUCUCCUCGAGGCAACAGUCUUCAGAUAUUCACUGCACCUUGGUUCACUGCUGGAACUUUUUUGUGCAAGGAUGACCAUCGUAAAAUUGUAGCCUGCACAAAUAAUCAUCAGGUUCGCUUAUAUGACACUGCUUCCCAAAGAAGGCCUGUAAUUUCAGUUGAUUUUAGGGAGUCACCAAUCAAGGCAGUUGCUGAGGACCCAAAUGGACAUGCUGUCUACAUUGGUACAGGAAGAGGGGACCUUGCUUCCUUUGACAUGAGAACAGGAAAACUACUUGGUUGCUUUGCUGGUAAAUGCAGUGGAAGUAUUAGAUCUAUAGUUAGACAUCCAGAGCUACCUUUGAUAGCAUCUUGUGGACUGGACAGUUACUUACGCAUCUGGGACACAAAUACAAGGCAGCUGCUCUCUGCGGUCUUCCUCAAGCAGCACCUGACAGCUGUGGUUAUUGAUUCACAUUUCUCCACUGAAGAACUCGAGGAGACUAAAUCCAAGCAGCCAGAUCCAGUUGGGGCAGAAGUUAGAAAGGAAAGAAAGGAAAAGAAGAAUAGAACGAGUGAAAUGGAUGAAGACGAAACUAGAAUGCUCGACCAUGAUGACAGUGAUUCUGAAAUGCACACCUCAAAGAGAAAAAAAUCUGGUGAAAAAAGCAAAGGAAUGAAAAAGAAAAGCAAGAAGCAGCAAGUCGCAUAGAUAGGACACACAACACUGGAGUCAGUGUUGACCAGUUUUGACUUUUUGACUAAGGUGCUUUGCCCUUCACUCGAUUUUGUACAAUGAAUAUCAUUUGUAUUAGAGUUUAUUCGAACUCGAACAAUAGCACUUAUCUGGAUUCUCAAUUCUUCAAAUACUUGCCGGGCCAAUUAAGUAUUUUACUAUGCCUUCUGAGCAAUAUAAAAGAAAUGGCGUAUUAUCACCCCUUU